GGACAUGGUGGUGGAUCAGCAGUCAAGACAGCAAGAUAUCAACACAGCUGACACCAUUAUUCUAAGAACCGGGACUACAGAUGCAACAAAAAUAUAUAAGCGAGGGAGAAUGUAAAUAUUUUUUUUUAUUUUUAUUUUUCUGGCUUACCAAAAGAGCAACGCAAAUCCCGAGUUACAGCUGUGUUUUUGGAUUGAAGACCAAGGUGGAGCUCUCCUGGAAAGCUUUCAAGCUAACUCGCUAACAUGCAACUUUGUGUCUGAAUUUGAACGAAACCUGGACUCUUGGAUAUCUCCAACUGGGAAUUUACACAGACUCCGACAGUCUCGACCAUUUAAUACCAAUUUAUUUGCAUGUAGCUAAAGCCAUUAUGCACUUAUAUAUUGCAUACAUAACCGGUUAGCGAGCUAGCUCGUCGACUAAGUGGUCCAGCUAUAAGGCGGGGACGCGGGUCUUAGAGUCGGCGUGAGUGCUAACGCCAUGCCGCUGGUUGAAAGCGGCCUACUUUUAGUGCUAACUUCAGCAAGCUAACGUUGGCUGGAUGUAGCGGCCCAAAUCAGAUUGUAGUUAAUUAGAAAAGUCACAUGGGCAUCAGCGUUAAAUUUGAACACAGUAGGUGCAUUACCACAGGAAAAAGCGAAUAAAAUCAGCUUAUAGGGGAUUAUGUAGGUUAGCACAUCUGCUGGUAGCUCCGUAUGUAAACAAGUCCGUGUGUGUGAGACUGGUUUAGGGUAUCACUAAAUAUUGAAACUAAUCCUCUGUCGCUAUCUGUAUCUUAGUUGUGGGUGUUGAAGUGGUUGCUUUGACCUUAUCACUUAUUGAAUUUGGCUUACGCUAACGUUAAAAGGCAUGGAUGUUGUUGACCUGGAGCACAUUGAGACAUAUCAGCCCUUCAUUCAUGAUUGAUGACCCCUGAGAAAGCAGACUGUCUUUAUCCAUUUUCACUAAAGCAAAGCCACUACAUUAAACUGCUAAGCCUUUCUGUUCUACAAACAUUUAUCUACUUACAGGGAGGAUUUAGGUGUUAGUUUUAGCAGCACUUUCUUUUAAAAUCCUACUGAUCUUACUGGAACUACUGGUGUGGAUGGGAACAUGAAGGACACUGUCUGAUCUGAACCAGUUUCCAAGUAGCCUGAAGAUCUGAUCAAAGCACAACAGAGAGCUCCAUUGUGUGGACUGCAAACUGAAGAGGAAUGAGAUGGUGGGGAUGAUAAAAGAGGCCCACUGACAGCGUUUAUCCCACACUAGGAAGCAGAGGAGUGUCACAGGGCUGCAGACAUGAGUCUCCGCCAGCCCACCUCUACACUGGACAGCAGGGCAGCCAGUAAGAAAAACGGCCACCUGUUCAGGCUCAGCAGUCUGACAAUUGGAGACUCGGAGCGCAAAUCCUCAGCCGGCCAGCAGAGAGAGCAGAUUGCAGACAUCAUUACUGAGACUACAAGUCCUGGUCUGGUCCAGCGAUGUGUGGUCGUGCAAAAAGACCAGCUUGGUUUUGGCUUCACAGUGUGCGGAGAGAGAAUCAAGCUAGUGCAGAAUGUCCGACCAGGUGGUGCAGCGGUCAAGGCUGGGGUUCAGGAGGGGGACCGGAUCAUAAAGGUGAACGGCUCGUUGGUGUCAUCUAUGUCACAUCAGGAGGUGGUGAAGCUCAUAAAAUCUGGAACAUAUGUCGCUCUUACGCUACAAGGACCACCCCCAUCAGCCGCCUCCUUACCACUGGAACCCCUCCCUACUGACCUCACUCCGAAUCAGAGAACAUCUCUAGGUAGCGAGGCUCCCCCACCUCCACCUCCACCCUUACCGUCUGGACCGAGCAGCGGCACUUCCCAAAGAAUCACAGGACCCAAACCACUGCAGGAUCCAGAAGUGCAGAAACAUGCAACUCAGAUACUCAGGAAAAUGCUGGAGCAGGAAGAAGCCGAACUGCAGGGCUUGAUGGAGGAGCAGCUGAAGAAUCCGUCGCCAUUGCUGGAGGAGCGGAUUGAAAGCGCCAAGAGGAGAGCACACCAAGUCAGGGUCAAGAUUCAGCAAGACCUGGAGGGAACACGAUCAGAAUCUGUCACAGGCUUCAUCAUUGCAGGAGAAGGACGACAGUCAGUGGAUUCAAGUGAAGGAGACGUGGAAGCCUUUGAGAGUCCCCACUCCUCCCCCUCAUUUUCCUUCAGGACUACCCAUCACAGACGUCAGAGCUCCGACACAAACCCCCUGUAUGAUACGGGUGGGAAGGCCCAGAUCAUCAGCCCGGAGGAGGAAGAUGAAGAUUAUGAUGGCUAUGCCUUUAAUGAGAUGGAUGGCCUGUUCCAGGACAUCGAGUCAUUGAAGUCACGACCAGCACACAUGACCGUGUUCAUGAGAUACGUUUUCACCCAGCUGUUAGACCCCAACCCUCUGCUGUUUUACUUGUCCGUAGAAGCUUACUUAGGCUCCAGUCCUAAAGAUGCUCGGGCACUUGCUCCUCAGAUCUGCUCCCAUUUCCUGGACCCAGACGCUCCUUUGAAAAUCAAAGUACGAGAGGAGUAUCUCACAGACAUAGAAAGCCGACUUCAUGCCCAGGAGGACAUCAGGGGACCUCUAUCUGAGCUGCAGCAGCAGGUGCUGCCGGACAUCCAGGACCAGAUACAAGACUACAGGAACAAGCAGAUGAUGGGUCUUGGCUCUCUGUUUGGAGAAGGAGACCUGCAGCUCCUGGAUGGAGACCCAGUCAAAGAGAGACAGGUGGUGGACAGACAGGUCACCGCUCUCUGGGAGAUAUUAUCAAAACAUGAAGAAGACAGAAGUUCUCCUCUGGCAUCAGCUGUGCUCCUGUACCUGCGUCAUUCUGGCAUCAAGCUCAGAGACUCCAAGGUCUUUCCUGGUCUGAGCACCGAGAAGGAGAAGUGGCUCGCUUUCUUAAAGACGAAAAAGCUGACGGGGAACAAGAAAGACAAAGAUGGAGAGGAUAAAAAAAGAAACCCCAUCCUGAAGUACAUCGGCAAACCCCGGAGCACCUCUCAAUCCACAUUCCAUGUCCCGUUGUCACCCACCGAAGUUCGUCCUGGCAGUGUUAGGAACAUCAUUCAGCAGUUUGAGAAUAACCCAGACAUGCCAGGAGAGGAGGGCGGUGACUCUGCAGACCCCCAGCGGCUCUCCUCCAGCAGCCUGUGCGAGGAGGGCAUGGACAGUCCGGCGGUCUCGACGCGUCUGGCACGCAGCGAGUCGCUGAAGGCUCAGGGAGAAGGUCGCAGACGGGGCGUUGCUUCAGGAGCCGAGACUGUCCCCCGUUCCCGUAGCGACGUGGAUAUGGAGGACUGUGGGGAGGAGAGGGAGCAGUCAGGCCUCCGUUUGCUGCAGCAUAGCGCCUCGUCGUCUGCGUCCAGCAGCUCUGCCAGGUCUCUAGAGAACCCUACACCCCCAUACACCCCUCGGUCUAGACGCAGGAGUGUGGAUUCAACGUUAGCGCUGCUGCCAGAUGCUGCAGCGUUGGAGGAGGAAGUGUGUGAUGGUCAGAACUGGCAGGAUACAGUUUCUCCUCAGCUGCUUGCAACACUCAGCCCGAGGGAAGUGGACCGACAGGCUGUCAUAUACGAGCUGUACACCACUGAGGUGUCCCACCUGCGGACCCUACGGGUUCUGGACAAGGUUUUCUUUGAGAAGAUGAGGUCUGUGCUGAACUCUGAGGAGCUGGCCUGCAUCUUCCCGAACCUGCAUCAUGUCUACAAACUCCACGCAAGUCUGUGCGAAGCAAUGAAAAAGCGAAGAGAAACUCCCACAGUUCAGGAGAUCGGGGAUGUUAUGCUUGCUAGGUUUGAGGGUGCAGCUGGGGAGGAGUUUCAGGAUCAGGCGACGCUGCUGUGCUGCCAGCAGACUCAGGCUCUGGAGCUCAUCAAGAACAAAAAACGGAAAGAUCCGCGCUUCGCUCAUCUUAUACAGGAGUGUGAAGCAAGUCCUCAGUGUCGACGGCUGCAGCUCAAAGACCUGCUGGUGUCCGAGAUGCUGAGACUCACCAAGUACCCUCUGCUGCUGGAUAACAUCAUCAAACACACAGAGGCCGGUUCAUCGGACCUCCCCGCACUUCAGCGUGCGCAGGCUUGUUGCCGAGGGAUACUGCAGGUUGUCAACGAGGGCGUCAGGGAAACAGAACAUCGUCAAUGCCUCAGCCAAUACCAGCGCAGACUGGACGCUGCUCCUCAGUUCAAGAAUCUGGACCUCACCACCAAGAGAAUGAUUCAUGAAGGGCCUCUCACUUGGAGGAUUAACAGAGAUAAGCAGAUCGAGAUCCAGGCGCUGCUGCUGUCGGAUUACCUGGUCCUUCUUCAGAGAGGCCCGGAUGACCGGCUGCAGCUCCGAUAUCCAUCCCGCUGGUUGGGAGGAGGAGGAGGUGGAGGCGGAGAUAGCAAGACUUCAUUCAGCCCUCUGGUGAAGCUGGACUCACUGCUCGUCCGCUCAGUCGCUACAGACAACAAAGCUUUGUACGUCAUCAGCACCACAGAGAGGCAGAUCUACGAGCUGGUGGCGGGGACGUCAUCAGAGAAAAACAACUGGAAAGAUUUACUAGAAAAGACCAUCUCCUCAGCUGGAGGCUCAUCGCCUCUAAUCAAGCACACAAUGCCGCUGUCCUCACCCAGUCUACGCAGUGCUUCCCCCGUUUCAACUGGCAGUAAUGUCUUUGGAGACACCUCCAUGGCGGAGCAGUCUGAUUCCACAGAGACUCAUUCCUCAAACGAUGACAAUAUCUCUGAAAACACCCCCAUGGACCAAUCAGGAGCUUUCAACUGCAGUGAAGGACAAGCGUUUGGUGUUGCAGAAGCUGCUUUACAAGAUGUUGAAACCCUUCGGCAGCUCAUAUUGCGGGAUCUGGAAGAAGACGGCUGGAGCCACGAUUCAGACGACACACCCACCAACGAGACGACCAAUGGAAGGAGCUCCUUCACUGCGAGACAGCGACCAGAGUCUCUGGAGACCGUCCUCAACUUCAGCACCAAUGAAUGGGACGCGGAGCCAGAGGAGGUUCCAACUCCUUCAGACUCGCGGCCGUGCAGCGUUCAGGUUGUGAGGAAAGCUGUGGUUGCGGGUCCUCUUCCUCCUCCUUCCUGUUCUUCUGUCCCUGAUGACAUCACUGAUGAUGUCGGCCUCCCCUCCAAUCAAUCAUCCAAGUCAAGAGGCAAGGCCAAAGCGCAGGGAAACACUUUCUACUUGGUAAUGCCCACAGAGCAGGGCGAGAGCCUUACUGAUGAUAUCAACGACCCUCCUACGCCCACCGCCACCAACUUCCCUCAGCCUCCGGUGGGAGUGAUGACAUUUCAGAUGCAACCAGAGGAGGAAGCAGCCUCCUCUACAGAGUUCAACCAGUCAGAGACGAUGCAGCUCGAACAAGAAAAAGGAAAAAAAGGCAGCCCAUUGCAAGCUGCAAAUCAGAAUCAUGUGAUCAAAAAUGUGGAUGAGAUUUUUCACACGAUCGAGGGGUUGAUGUGCAAGUUGCGCAAACUGAAGGAAAUUGAGAAGGCCCAUCAUCGUCUCCUGGAAACACUAAGAGAGUCCUCUGUCAAUCAGGAGUCAGAGGACCAGCACUGUUGCUCGGCAACCGUCUCCAGAACACCCUCUAUGGACCGCAGUUCAGGAGAUGGGAAAGAGGGAAGUCCAGCAGAGUCCAAAAUUCUUUCAACUGGAUUUUGAUACUAGCAGUCAGCUAAUCUCUACCCUCCAACCCCUCACCUCUCAUCUGUCUUUCUGUUGCCCUGGGAUACCAAGAGGGUGAUACGCCCCACCAAGGUUUCUAAGGUUCAGCACAGUUUCUGAUUCUGCCAGAACCGACACUGAGGAAAAAGAAUGAAGGAACAAAAUAAACAGAAGACGAGUAGACUGGUGAGGAGGAGUUUAAAAAAAAUGGAAAAGUGAAAGUGUAAAAAAUGACCAAGUUGGAUUUGUGUGAAGGAAAAAGUCUCGUAUGUUCAGCUUCUUUUAAGAGCUGGUUGAAGGAACGGAGCAGGAAAGUGUUGAAAUGUUAAUUUAAGGAAAUUUUCUGAGGGACCCGUCACCCCAGCACUUUACCCACGAUGCAUCUCUGUCACGUUCGUCUUCUUGCUGUGGACACAUCAGGGACUGAAGGACUCAUUCAGGCUACAUUUCAACAGGGAGAAGGGUGAUGCUUCGACCCCCGCCUCUCUACUGCUUGCUUUACACUAAGUUCACCUGUCACCUCGGCCGAAGGACUGUGUCUAUAAUAUUCAGGUUAUUUGCACUGCGUAAGGAAACCAAUGUCUCACACACACUCACACACUCACAUCAUUCACUCAUCUCAGAUCACUGUGGUAGAAAUACUAUUUUUUUCCAGAUACUUCAGCCUUCUUUUAAGCUAGAAGAAAGCUGUUCACCAGAGCGACAACAUUAUAAAGUUCAGGGUUUUUUUUCCAGUUUUAAAUUUGGGAAACUACUGCUCUGUUUACUACUGAAAUGCAGGCAGGUUUCAUUUCAGCGUGUGAUCAUGUUAAGUAGUUGAGGUGAAGCAUUUGGAUGGUUUCGAGGCAAGAACAUGCAGUGUUGAGUUUGAGGGAACGUGGAUUCAAACAGAAACUUGAAUUUAAUUGCCAAAUAUCUCUCUGGCAUCACUUGACUGCAUCCCUCAGCCCUCUCCGCUGUAUCGUGUAAAUGUGUAGCGAACGCCACCGUAAAUACUGUGAACCAGCCAGUGUUCCUGUCCCCUUCUGCAAUCUUUACCAAGUAGUUUUUUCCAUAAGAAGCUCCACAGGACAGAAUAAAACAAAAAGCUAAUUAUGCUUAGUUUGGUAUUUUGGCAAAUGCAAUCACUUUCAUGCCUUUUCAGCCUCUUAAGUUUGCAAACAACAUUGAAACGGGCAACGUAACCCACCUUUGAGCGCCUCAAAAGCUCAUUAUAUCAACACAUUUUAUCCCACUUGUUCCUGGAGCUGUCCGACAAGCCAACACGGCUUCUAAACAUGUAGCUUCCCUCUGUUAUUUGGAGGUUUUUUUUGCACAUAUAACCCUAAGACAUGACAUUAUUAUUGGUAGCUCUGUAAAUAAGAGGAUUUUAGGACUUUUGGAAAGAACCUGUUUCUAGUCUUUGUUAAGAUGUGCUAUUAUCUUCAUAAACAGCUAUCAGCAUGUUAACAUGCAGGGGUUGAGGGUUUUGGUACCAGAGGCUCACAUUUGAGCUUUUUAUUCAUUUUUUUCCAUGCAGGUAAACUUUGCAAAUAACACAAAACACAUGAGAAACUCUAAACCAUCUGCUUUCAUCAGAGGAGGAUUCAGCUUUUGUAAAUGUAGCUGUACAGGAAGUCUUGGCUCAGAUCUGCUGACUCCACCAGAAGCCCAUAAUAAACCGGCUUCGCCCCCCAUAGGCAUACUGAUGAGGCCGCUGCUUAUCGGUUCUCAGACCUUUUAUUUACCACAGACAUGAAAGUGCUCUUCGAAAUAUUGGCAUGAAAUAAAUUAACUAACCCGUUUUCUGGAUUUUGCUUUUGGAUUAUUUAUUAUCCUUUUUGAGCAUGUUUAACCAGCAAAGCCUGACACUAAAAACCAAGUUUCCUCAAACUAUAUCUCUCUGGUAGUUCUUUUAUUACAUACCAGGAAAAAUAUGCAUUUAAACUGUUAACUUCUUUUGUAGAAGUGUAUCUGUACCACUAUAUGUUUUUCCUUUGUUUUAUUUGUUUUUAUCCUCUUUAAUUCUCAAAGUUUGGGAGAAACACUGAUUUGAUUUGAGCUGGUUUCAAGUUGAUCAGCUUCUUUACCAGCUUGGAAACACAACAUGCACCUGAUCGCUCACACUAGCGACCUCUACCUGCGCUAAGAAAACCUUGUUUUCUGCCUGCUGGAAGGUUGUUAAAGCUCUGAGGAGGUGUGGUGAAAAAUGAAUGAAAUGCAGCUGAAAAGCAGGCGGCUGACUUAUCGCAGCUGAUCCUGAAUGAACUUGUAAAAGAAUUUGUUAAACAAUAGUUCUACCAAAGUCAGAUUUCCUCAGAGGUGUCGAAGGGAAACACUUUCUUUUUCUUCAUGUUUUGGCUGCUGAUUUUCAAGCAUCUCAGGCUCGGAGUAGUCGUCACACACUUCACGUUUUAUUAAUAAUUCAGCACAAAAAUAAUAAUCUGAGCUGAUAGAAUCAGCUUUUGCUUUUCUUAAAUCUUUCCGAGCAUCUCUUUAUACAUCCCUCCCUCUCAAAUAUAUAUUUUAAUCUUCAUUUUCUACCUCUAGACUUCCUCCUAUCUUCCUUUUCUUACUUUAAACUUGUACACUAACAUCAAUGCUGUGGCCCCAUCUGGCUAUAAAAACAAACUUUAGUGAUUCCUUUUUUUUUAAUGUUGCACAAACAAAACUUCCCUGCACAGUGCAAACUACUGUAUACAUAAACACAUCUUUAUCAUCUCAUUGUCUUCUUUUUUUUUUUUUUUUUUUGCUCAUGUGUAAUAUAGAAAGAUCAGACCCACUUGUUUUAUAUGUUCAUUUUUUUCUGUAAAGCCUUAGUCCUUAUAUUUGAUUUUAUUUUUGUAGAUAUGAUUAAAAGGAUGUAUAAAUUAUUUUCUCCUUUGUUUUAAAAGUUGGUGAGACUGUUAGCUGCACAGAAGGCAAAAAAAAAAGAUCUCAUGUCAGAUUUUGUGUGUUUUGUGAGAUUAAAA